AUGGGUUUCCGUAUUCCAUUGAAAGUGGUGAAUGCAGCCCAUCAAGCCAAUCAAAUCUAUCCGUUCGCCAUCAGCCUGCUUGAGUCCACACGGUCACAAAUAGCUGAUGGUUAUCAGUUGAAUUGGGAAUCUUACAAAAUUGAUCCUUACGUCACUAAACUUGCUGAAACUGUCAACAAUUACCAGGAGCGUGUUGAAGAUCUGAUCCUCAUAGCUGAUAAUAUCGAAGUCGAUUUGGCAGCAUUGGAUACAUGUCAAUACAACGCUGUCACCAUCGGUGCACAACUCGCUUCUAUACAGAAAUCUGUCGAUCAACUGGCCCUUGGCAACUAUUCAAAAUUUGACCGCAAGUUGGGGUAG